AUGUCUUUCGGAAUAAUGAAAGUUGAACGUAAACCCCAAAGUUUCGAAUUCUACCGCGAGAUUCUUAAAUCUGCUAAAUACUUUCUCGCUCCAAUGGUUGAUCAAUCAGAAUAUGCCUGGCGAGUAUUAUCACGUCGGUAUGGGGCUCAAGUGUGUUAUACGCCAAUGAUAAAUGCAAGAAUGUUUGCUGAUAGGAAUGGCCAGCGAUAUAGAGAUGAAAUUUGGUCGACCGGCGAAGGAGAUCGGCCGCUGAUUGUCCAGUUUUGUGCAAAUGAUCCAGAGUCGUUACUAAACGCAGCGUUGAGAGUGCAAGAUCAUUGCGAUGCGAUUGAUUUAAACCUGGGUUGUCCUCAGCAUAUUGCUCGCCGUGGACACUAUGGGGCAUUCUUGCAGGACGAGUGGGACUUAAUCUAUAAUCUCAUAAACACUCUUCACAAAAAUCUUUCAAUUCCGGUCACGGCCAAAAUACGAGUUUUCCCGGAUGUAGACAAAACUAUUCGAUAUGCAAAAAUGAUAGAGAGUGCAGGAGCGCAGUUGCUGACAGUGCACGGUAGAAUUCGAGAACAGAAAGGCCACAAAACGGGCCUAGCCGAUUGGGAGCAAAUACGACGUGUGAAAGAAGCUCUUAAUAUACCCAUCAUAGCCAAUGGGAACAUCUUAUACUUUGAAAACAUCGAACAAUGCAUACGCAUGACUUCAGUCGAUGGUGUAAUGACAGCAGAAGGAAAUCUCUACAAUCCAGCUAUUUUUGCCAACAUUAAUCCUCCGAUAUGGCAAAUGGCAGAAGAAUACCUUGAGAUAUGUCAACAUACUCCGACAAGAAUUCCAUAUAUUAGGGGACACUUGUUCAAGAUAUUUCGUCCCGCGUUGUCUAUACAUACGGAUAUAAGGGAUUCACUGGCUAAAGUGAAUAAGCUUGAAGAAUUUGUAGAAUUGACCAAGGAAAUGAAGAGAAGAUUAUUGAUCGAUGUCGAAAAACACAAACAAGAAGACAAUGUCGACGUAGAUGAAAAGGGGUAUAAAAUCUUUCCUCAUUGGUUGUGUCAACCAAACAUAAGAACUCUUAAGGACGAGCCAUCGAUAGAAGAACAUAAGCGUAGAGACGAGAGGACUGUUCAGGAUGAUGCUGAUGAGCAAGAGACACUAUCAAAUGCAAUGGAUAUAUUUAAUGAAUUAUAG